CCCACCUCCUCCCAGCCCGCCCCCGCCCUGCAAGGUCUGCGUCUACUUCACCCUCACCGCCACCCCCUCCGUCAUCUUCCCCUUCUCCAUCCCCGCCUCCGACUGCCAAACCUACCUCGACACCGUCAAGCCCCAGGUCACCGAUGCCGCCACCCAGGCAGGUGCCCGCAUGCUCAGCGCCCCCGAGCUCGUCACCUGCUCCGCAAGCCAGGUCAAGAUCUGCAGCACCUUCUUCUCCUCCGCUGACGGCGCCAAGCUGCAGAGCUUCUUCGAUAGCCAGGUCCAGUUCUGGCUGGAGCAGAUUGCCACGCCCGCCUCCUGCUCCUCAUACCUACUGGGCUACCAGGCUGAGAUGACGGUGGGAGGCGACGGGUCGGAUGUGAAGAACCUGCCGACGGGCUGCGUCAGCGCUUACGCGAGCCAGCAGUGCGCGCAGAGCAAGAUCAACUUCCCGGCCUGCGUUUGCAACACCAAGCCGCUGGCCAGCCCCUUCGCCGCCCUGCCCACCCUCACCACCCUGCCCGGCCGCUUCAAGAGCACCACCCUCUGGUGCUUCACGCUGGCCACCGUCACCCCCUCCUCUCCCACGAGCACCUGCGGUAAGACCACCACCCUCGCCAAGGCCGAGAUCUGGGCCAACGACAACCUGCGUCGCAAGAUCGCCGGUAUCGGUCUGAAGCCCGCUGGCAGCGCCACCAUGCGCUACAUCAGUGCUAGCUGGGGCGCGGUGGGCGAGAACACGCUCAAGGCGACUCCGCUCAACUGGAGCAAGGCGCAGGCCAACGGCGGCCAGAUCUGCCUGGAGCUGGAGAACAACACCAGCCCCGCGGAGUUUUGCAACACUGGUUCCGAUGACACCUGCUGGAUCAACCUGUUCGACACCUCCAAGAGCUGCUGCCCGCUCUACUCGUCCACGGAUCUGUAGAUGCAUGCAUGAACGCAUGGAUGGAUGGAUGAAUGGAUGGUUUCCACCAGAACAACUAUCUGGAGCGAUGUUUGUUCCCUGGAGCAGUUGGUUGGUGGUUGAUAGGUGGGCUGUCGUAUGUGCCGUUUCAAGGCGAUGAGGCUCGAUGAUUACGGUUAGUUAUGUCGGGUUUGCGUCUCGUCCAGUACCCCAUAACGUCACAUUCAGCAGUUCACUAAACCGUUUGAAAAAACACCACAACCUACGAUACACCGGCAUGUGUGUAUAGGGUGUUGGUUUGGCGCGUGCGACUUGCGACAAGGAUUGCUCGGUUUGCACUUGGCGUGCGUGAUGAGAGGCAACGGUAUUGUUGUAUUGGAGAGGAGGGAGGGGUAGGGGCUGCGGGCUGGCGUGGAUGCAUGCAUUGCUCCCGCCUUCGCCCCUUUGGUGGUGUUGACUUGUUAGACUGUUAGGAUUUGUCUGCCUGUAGUGGCAAAAGCAGUAUCGUACUAGGCAGGAUUAGUAAUUGCAGCUUGUCUUUGUGCCAGAAACUGUCGAAAUAUACAGCAGCGACUUCAGUUUGUGUUGUUUAAGCUUGUCUGGCAGUUGUCGGUUAUUAGUGAGUAGGUUGUAGUUUCAGGAUGCAUUCCUGGUGCGCUAUUAUUCUCAGUAGCAGUAGCUAGUGCUCGUGUGUGUGUCUGCUGGUGGUGGUGGAAGUGCAGUCACAAUCACAACGACGAUGAUUGAGGACGCAUCGUCGGUGCUUCAAAUGCACUGGCAUACGCACAAACAUGUGCCCCGUCAACAGCAGGUUUCGCCUCCCACCCAAUUGGUGCAGCAGGUAUAGACUCAACUCCAAUGUUGUUGUAACUCAAGAUACCGUCAGA